AUGUCUGCAGUCCCCGAAAACGGCACAACCUCCCCUCCCGCCAAGCGCAUCAAGACAAUCGACCACACAGAAACACUCCCCGAACCCGCCGCCGUCGAAGAAGCCGUAGCAGCAGCAGUAACACUGGCAACAGCAACCGCAAUGGAGGCCCCCGUCCCCCUGCAAGUCAAGAAGCUCUCGCCGCAGGCCAGACUUCCCACGCGCGGCAGCGCCUUUUCCGCCGGGUACGACUUGUACGCUGCGAAAGACACUGUUUUGCCGGCCAGAGGAAAGGGCCUUGUCGAUACGGAUAUUAGCAUUGCCACGCCUGCGGGAACAUACGGCCGUAUUGCUCCCCGCUCUGGCCUUGCGUCCAAGCACUUCAUCGACACUGGUGCAGGUGUCAUCGACGCAGACUACCGCGGACCCGUCAAGGUUCUUCUGUUCAACCAUGCGGAAACCGACUACGAGAUCAAGGAGGGCGAUCGAAUUGCCCAGCUCGUGCUGGAGAGAAUCGUGACGCCCGACGUCGUUGAGGUGGAGGAGUUGGAGGAGAGCGUCAGGGGAGCGGGCGGCUUUGGAAGCACUGGCAAGAACUAA